AUGCUAGGCGCUGCGUCAUGCCCCCCCCGGUUCCGCCUCUCAGCUACCACUCGUUCCACUUCCCUCCAUCCGCAUACCUCGCAGACGCUCGUGGCAACCUUGGGUUCAUUUCCCCCCUUGUUUUCCUCCGCAUUACCGGUCGGUUCUCUCGCCCUCACCGUCGCCGUCCGACUCGCAACCGACCCCGACCCUCCGCCCACGCAGGCGAUAGUCGACCCGGUUCCCACGAGAAUUCGCACAGCAGCGGCUUGCAACAAAGGACAAACAGCGGCCAUGAAGCUCCUCGCCCACCUCGUCGCGGGUCUCGCCGGGGCUGUCGGUGCCACGCAGGCGCCCCUCUCGCUCCUGGACAACUCGGCCGAGGUGUCUCGGAUCCCGACGAGCUACGAGUCGGCCGUCAUGGGCCGGCGUAUCCUAGCACUGUCCAAGCUCGGCACCUUCUCGACCGUCUUCCCUGCCGACUCGUCCGCCGGCGGGUUGGAGCGACGACCGGCCGGCUUGGGCGGCAUGCCCAUCGGGUUGAUGGACUAUCUUGCCGACUGCGAGGAGGACGGCAACCCGACGGUGCUGGCCAUCAAGAUCGGCACGACGUUCAAGAAUGCGCGGGCGGGGUCGAACAUUUCCGUCUCGAUGCGCUGGGUCCCCCCUUACCCGCCGAGAAAACGGAUCGCGCUGCUCUCCCGGCUCUCCCACUACCUGCCCUUCCUCUCUCGCCACAGUCCCUACGACGACGAGAGGGCGACGGAACAGGCGAGCACGCCCGACACGGCUCCCUACUCGGCCGCCAACCUGCCUCGGUUUUCCAUGGUCGGCUACCUCGAGAAGAUGGAUGCCGACGUGGCGACGGCGGCGAAGAUGACGGCCUGCUACACGAAGAAGCACCAGGAUGCUCGAUACUGGCUGCCAGGCAACGCCAUCCACGAGAGCGAGUGGAUGAGACUCGUCGUCACCGCCGUCUACUGGAUUGGAGGCUUCGGCGACAGGGCCUACAUCGGCUGGAUACCCGUCGAGGAGUGGAGGAAGGUGACGCGGCGCGAGUGGGAGUCGAUUCAGCUGCCCGGGGAGAGGAAGGGCUGGAGCGAGUGGACGGUCGAUGGCGGGGAGUUGUGA